AUGCCUCGCGUUUUCUUCAUCACUGGAACUUCCACGGGUUUUGGUAACCACCUCGUACAAGAAGUCAUCGAUAAGGGAGAUAUUGUUGUUGCUACCGCUCGCAAGCCUGAACUGCUAAGCUUCAAGAACACUACCGACAAGAACUUCCUCGCUGUCAAGCUUGAUGUCACAAAAAAGUCCGACAUCGAUGCCGCAUUUAAGGCUGUUAUCGAUAAAUUCAAGCGGGUGGACGUAGUGGUCAACAAUGCCGGAUAUGGUCUUUCAGGACCAUUCGAAGAGCUUGCCGACGACCAGAUCCGGACUCAAAUGGAAGUCAACUUCUUUGGCCUGAUCGAUGUCACUCGAAAAGCGAUGGAAACGAUGCGUGAACAGAAACCAUCUGGAGGUCUCAUCCAACAAGUAACUUCGAUCGGUGGCCAAAGGGGUUCCCCACUUUUCAGCAUCUACUGUGCCAGCAAAUGGGCAGUCGAAGGGUUCACCGAAGCUAUCAGUCAAGAAGUCAAGCCCGAAUGGGGUAUCAAGUUUACCUGCAUCGAACCAGGUGGAUUCCGAACUGAUUGGGCUGGACGAUCGAUGACUUUCCCCGAGAAGAAGCAUCCCGCCUACAACCAUUUGGAUGCGAAAGAACUGAUGGCCAAGAGGAAUGGUACUCAGGCUGGUGACCCACCCAAGGGAGCCAAGGCUAUGUACGAGCUGGCUAUCAUGAAGGACCCGCCGUUGAGAGUCGUUAUCGGUUCGGAUGCAUACACGGGUAUUAUGAACAAGAUCAAGACCUAUAGCGAGAAUUAUAAGAAGUAUGAGAAUAUUUCAAAUAGCACAGAUGUUGAUGGGUAUGAAGGAUGA